UACAUACCGCUCUAUAGUCCAGACAUAAAGAGAACGAGGGAUCACGAUUCUUCAUUCAAUUCUAGUCUCUUGGAGAGAUCACUUUCAGAGAAUGAUUUAUCGCAAGCUGUCACUCCAAUGCGAAGAGUAAUGCCUAUAGAGUCUUUUCUGAAAACUCCUAGUCAUCCCAGUAGCAAGCCCACCCUGAAGCCUAAAUCAUGUGGAAGAGUAUUGACUAGUGUUGAAUUCAUGACAUGUAUAGAGGAAAAGGAAAGAGUGAAGCAGGAAGCCUUGAAGGAGAAGGAGCGUAAAAGAAUUGCUAGACUUGAGAACCAGAAGGAAGCUAAUAGAGUAAAAGAGUUGAAGAGAAGUGCAAAUUUUACUAUGAGUGAGCACAGGCAAUUCUCUAAGAGGUUUGAAAAUGGGUAUGACAUUCCGGAUGAGAGGUAUGAGUUAUGGGUUCAGUUAUAUCGUCCUAAUAUGCAGGGGCGUAGCUGGGAAGGAAAUGAUGAGAGGGCACAGAGAUAA